AUGGUCGAGAUGUUUAUUCAUCCAUUGACAGCCGACCAAACACCUGCUAUCCUUUUUCGCGCCGAGUGCAGUAGCAACUCAACCUUCAGAGAAGGCUACUUAUGUGCACGGAGCACAACUCAUGCGGACCCGCCGUCAUGGCAAGACUUUGACGAUCACCUCUCUUGGAAACGUCAAGACACGCGAUUCAUAUCCUUCGGCACUUGGAGGCGGGCCAUGCAGCGACGCAAACAACUAGAGAAUGAAAACAAAAUCGAUAUCAUUGUGAUUGCUGUGUGGGCAAAGGGUUUGGCAGGCGUGUACAGUGCAGAGGAUGCUGCAUCCAGGCUAGAAUAUUCUGAUAUAGGUCGAAACAAGUUAUAUCCCCACCAUGACGAAUACCUUCUUGAAGGCGGCCUUGCGGCUGAUGAAUAUCGAAUUGUUGCCGUCUUCGAGGGUGGAGGGCGUGAACGGGAUGUCAUCUUCGAAUGCCCUUUUUAUCGCAUCAGAUUGACGAUCCCAAAUGGAUUCUUCCUCGAGCGGAGAUCAAACAAUGCACUGGGGGAUAUAGAAGAUGAAAUAUACCGUCAUUCUGGAGUUCGUGAUGACCAGAAGCGAGAUGAGCUUGUGAAAGCGAUCGCUGGAAUCACACAAUUUUUUCCAGCUUUGCGAUACGAGUACUCAGGCCACAGCGAAAACCCUUCCUACCAUCAAUUAUAG